ACACACACACACACACACACACACACACACUCCAUCUGUCACGAGGUCAUGAGUCACACUCAAUCCGCUCAGUUUCACUUCAGGUUUCACUCCGACACACUCCAGCCGUUCAGGUGACGUGAAAAAUGCAGAAUCAGAACACAAAGCAGAAAACUGUCAUCCCGACAGUCCGAUACCACCCGAGCAUCCAGACACCCGGAGACAAACCCAGAACCAGCCCGGCCCAGAAGACCAGAGCAGCAGCUGUCCGCUGCUCUCAGACUGGGAUCCCUCAGAAGGGGGUCCCUCAGAAGGGGGUCCCUCAGACUAGGAGCCCCCAGGUUGAUCUAGGUCCUGGUGUGAGACUGCCACCUGCUGGCGGACAGAGACAGAGUGCUCAGAAAGCCAUAAGGAAGCUGGUUCAGAGAGAUGCUGCAGAUCUGGACCCGGAGGGAGGCCCUCUCAGACCGGAGCAGGUCCCUCUGGGUCUGGAGGUCCAGUUGGACAGGGGUGUUGUGGAGGAAGUGGAAUUUCUGACUCGUGGACAGAGUUCCAACCAGGACUGGUUCGCCUGGAGGAAGAACCGGAUCACAGCCUCCGUGGCUCAUCGCAUUGCUCACUGUCGCUUCAGCAACGGCAAGAGCCCAACCCCACCCACCUCAUACCUGACUGCUAUCACAGGUGAGGGGCGGAGCGUCCAGACCAGAGCCAUGUCCUGGGGGGUCCAGAUGGAAGCUGAGGUGGUCCGCAGAUAUCAGGUAUAGUUCAACACACCUGAUGUUAAAACUGUCACAAGUACCUAAACUUUCGUACCAGGUUGGUACCACACUUCUGAAACAGCGAUAGUACUCGUUUCUCUAGACCCGUUGGUACUACUGUAGGUUCUGUAGGUACUGUAGGGACUGUAGGUACUGAAGGGACUGCUGAGGGGACUGUAGGUACUGUAGGGACUGUACGUACUGUACGUACUGUAGGUACUGUAGGUACUGUAGGGAGUGCUGUACGUACUGUAGGUACUGUAGGUACUGUAGGGACUGCUGAAGGGACUGUACGUACUGUAGGUACUGUAGGUACUGUAGGGACUGCUGAAGGGACUGUAAG